AUGGCACGCGCGGAAUUCUUGAUGAAGUAUUGGCUGAGGGAUGAGUUGGAAAAAGCCUUAUCGAAAGUAGCAAAUCAGCCUGUUCGAGUAACCUGUGCUGGUCGUACGGAUACAGGCGUACAUGCUACAGGGCAAGUGGUGCAUUUUGAUACAAAACACAAUGUUGCUUGGCAGUAUGAACCGCUCGACGACGUGGCGAUGAAUACAGCGGCUCAAUUUUUGUUAGGUGAGAACGAUUUCUCAGCCUUUCGAUCUUCUCGCUGUCAGGCAAACAUCCUGUUAGAGUCAUCAAGAAUAUGCAGCGUCGAAC